UUCCUUUCUCCUUUCCAUUUUUGGAUUUUACUCCUCGGUUUAACAUUUGUUAUUGAUGAGGUGAAUGAAUAGUGUCUCCUCUUGGCGGUUCCGUUUUCAAUUUAAGUGCCGCAUGUUGGGUUCUUCUUCUGUCUUCUUCUUAGGGUUUCUUAAUGAACCUCACCGCCAUCGUUGCCCAUCAUCCAAACGCCUUAACUCUCGGGGAGUUUUCGUAGUUAGGGUUAAUAGUUUUAAUAAUGUCACAGAAGAGGCCCCAAGAAGAUGGUAAGGCUCGACCCUCAGAGGCGUUUAGUCCUGAUCAGGAUAAACGGAGAAGGGUUCCCACAUUGAGAAAUGUGGUUCAAGAGGUGAUGAAGCUGCAAUCAGUCCAGCACUUGCUGGAGCCAGUUUUAGAGCCACUAAUUCGUAGGGUGGUCAGAGAGGAAGUUGAAGCGGCUCUUAGAAAGAAUUUGAAUAAUAUGAAAAGGAAUGGAGGGAAGGAGGUAAAUUCUACUGAAUCAAGAAGUUUACAACUCCAGUUCUUAAAUAAUCUAUCUCUUCCAGUGUUCACCGGAGCUCGAAUUGAAGCAGAAGAAUGCUCUGCCGUUAAGGUGGCCAUGGUCGAUGCACUUACUGGACAAAUAGUUUCCUCUGGCCCCGAGGCUUCUGCCAAAGUAGAAAUUGUAGUCCUUGAGGGAGAUUUUGAUGGUGAUGAGGGGGAUAAUUGGACACUUGAAGAGUUUAAGAAUAAUAUUGUAAGAGAGAGAGAAGGAAAGAAACCUCUUCUUGCAGGAGAUGCAUUUCUAACUCUUACUGAGGGAAUUGGAUUAGUGGAUGAGAUAUCAUUCUCAGAUAAUUCAAGCUGGACGAGAAGCCGUCGUUUCAGACUUGGUGCAAGAGUUGUGGAUGGUUCUGAUGGAACUAGAGUAAAAGAAGCAAAGACAGAAUCCUUCAUUGUCAGGGAUCAUCGUGGUGAAUUAUACAAGAAGCACCAUCCUCCAUCUCUUUCUGAUGAAGUAUGGAGAUUAGAGAAAAUUGGCAAAGACGGGGCUUUCCAUAAGCGCUUGAGUCGGGAAAAUAUCAACUCUGUAAAGGAUUUCUUGACCAUGCUCUUCAUAGAUCCUCCAAGGCUGCGGCAUAUCCUCGGCACAGGUAUGUCUGCUAAGAUGUGGGAUGUCACCGUGGAGCAUGCUCAAACAUGCGUGCUCGAUAAGAGAGUGUACUUGUAUUGCUCUCCUGGUUCUCUACAGAAAUUCGGUGUAGUCUUCAACAUUGUCGGACAAGUGACAGGUCUACUCUUGGAAUGCCAGUAUAUUACACUAGAUAAGCUAUCUGAAACCGAGAAGGCGUUCUCUACAGAAAUUCGGUGUAGUCUUCAACAUUGUCGGACAAGACAGUUCUUCACCGUUUUCGACCACUAUUCGUGGGGUAUGAGUGGCUUAGACGAUUAUACCUGCAUGUAUCGAAACAUGUGUCUUAGAUCAUAUGACCCACUGAGAUAUCCUGGACGAGUCACUAAUUCCCUAAUAUGUGACACAGAUAUUAGUCAGUCUUUUUGCGAUGAAGAUCAUCUUCGUUUUUUCGAUAAUGAUCUCCAGCAGCAGAGCCUUGGUUUGGAAUCACAAGUGGAUCUACAAACUGCCGUCGACGGAUUCCUUCUGCAACGUAAUGUUGCUGUUAAAGCACAGAGGAGAUGGACCAAGGUUUUCAGUGUGCUGAAAUGGUUCUCCAUUAAAAGAAAAGUUAAAGAAAAAUUUCGAGGUCUUCAGAUAUAGCCAUGGACUGCCAUAUUUUUUACUGAUUCCAUUUUUCUUGUGGAUUUCAGAGAAUGCAACCUUAUAUAUAGCCAAACUAAAAUAC